AUGAUUCGGUACGAAAAACUUAACAACCAGUAUACCGAUCGGAUCGAUUGUCCGGGAACGGAAAAGCAUUACCGUUUGACGAGAUCGUCACGGGAAGAUCGCAAGGACAACACCGAAACAACAUGGUGCGUGAUGAUAGAGAAGUUUUUACCACUCUUGGAACCCAUCCAACAAAUAACGGUUUACGAGGAUGACGUGUGGGUCAUAACGUUUCCCAAGUGCGGCACCACCUGGACCCAAGAGAUGGUUUGGCUGCUAAACAACGGCCUUGACUAUGAUCGCGCGGGGAAGCUUUCGCUCGAAGACCGAUUCCCCUUUUUAGAACUCUCCGGUGCUCUCACGCUCAUGGAUGGCGAUUCCGUCGGCAGGGUGCAAGAUCUUAAGCGCCCAAGGCAUAUCAAAUCCCAUCUUCCGAUGAUGCUGCUCCCGGAAGCGGUAGCUACGGUGCGGCCAAAAAUUAUCUACGUUUCGCGCAACCCAAAAGAUGCGGCCACCUCGUUCUACCACCACUACCGGAACAUCGUUGGGUACGAUGGGCCUAAAGAGUAUUUCUUCGAUGCGUUCCUCAACGACAGUCUCAUUUACGCUCCCUUCGGAAGGCAUGUCCGUGAUUAUUGGGAGUACAGUAAGAACCCGGUCGGUAACUGCCUGUUCCUGACCUACGAGCAAAUGAAACGCGAUUUAGGCGGCGUUAUAGCGAAGGUCAGCACCUUCCUGGGGAAGCAUUACACCGAAAGUGAAGUGAUCGAAUUGAAGGAUCAUCUUUCGGUUGAUGCAAUGAGAAACAAUAAGUCAUGUAAUAUGGAUGAUCUUUUGGAAUGGGCAAGGAAAACCAAUUAUAGUGACGAACGCAAACAAAACACCAAAAACGAGUUCAAAUUCAUUAGAAGCGGAACAGUUGGAUCGUACCAACAGGACAUGGAUGAGGAAUACGUGCAACGCUUCGAACAGUACGAAAAAUCCAUAAUCCAAGGAACCGAUUUCAAUUUUUUCUUCUAA